AUGUCAGAACUCACCCCAAAACGCCGUAGGUUGGAAACGGAAGAUGCAGAGGCUUCGGUAAAUGGGUCAUUGGCGACUACACGCUCUGAAGGCUUGUGGCUCGAUGACGGGAAUAUCAUCCUCCAAGCAGAAGCUACUCAAUUCCGCGUUCAUCGGUCAAUGCUGGCUCGGCACUCCGUAGUCUUCAAAGACAUGUUCUCAAUGCCCCAGCCAGACGAAGAUCCAGUGUUCGAGGGGUGUCCUGUCAUCACACUUUCCGACAAGGCAGAGGACCUCAAGCAGAUUCUUUCCGUAUUCUAUGACAACUUUGGCUCUAUGGAUCUUAGUAAAGACAUUCCAAUUUCCCGAGCCUCGAUAAUGCUCCGUCUCGGCAAGAAAUAUGAUAUCUCUCUUCUAAGAGACGAGGCCCUGAAGAGGCUUCGGCAAGAUUUUCCAGUUACUUUGAUGGAGUGGGACAACUCUUAUGAGGGACAUUGCGGUCCUUCCCUCGAUUUUUCAUUUGUAUCCCCCUCACAGGCCGUUGCAGAUGUCAUUGCUCUGGGCCUCGAAGAAGAUGUAUCUACAAUCUUACCUGGGGUGUUUUUUUAUUACAUCGUGAAAACCUCGCUGGAAGACAUUGUUUUGGGUGAAAGCAGCCUCCCUCACGACGUUCGCAUGAAAUGCAUCGUGGGCCGGGACAGGCUAUUCAUUCACCUGCGUGGCAUUGUCAACAAUUGGGCCGGCCUUGAGGCCUUCAUGGACCUGGAAUACUGCACUCGUGGUGGGCUAUGUGUCCAGAAGAAAACUCAACUCCUCAGAGAGCUCGAACAUGUCUUCUGGGGGGACAAUGGAAUGCCGUUCAGCCUUGCAUCAAUAUCUGAUCUUCCGUUCCCUGCUGGCCAGAUGGUUAAAGAUCUUUGCAAAUUUUGUGCUGCGAGCGUCGAGGGGUGCUAUGAAGAAGCUCGUGAAAGUAUAUGGGACGCUUUGCCUGGGUUCUUCUCGCUGCCCCGCUGGCAUGAGUUGAAGGAUUUCGAUACUUAA